CACAAAUUUUGANACUAAAAAAAAAAAAAAAACAUAGUCCAAUAAAUCAUCCCAAUUUACUAUCGUGUGCUCAUGAAAAUGGCGGAGACCCUGCCGGAGGAAUGCCUGUGCCACGUCAUCUCGUUUACUUCUCCAGCCGACACGUGUCGUUUGGCGGCGGCUUCGCCGGCCUUCCGUGGAGCGGCCGAUUCUGACCUCACGUGGGAGAAAUUUUUGCCGCUCGAUUAUCGUGAGAUUUUGUCAAGAUCGGUUAUUCCGGUUCAGUUCUCGUCCAAGAAGGAUUUGUUUCGCCAGCUUUCGUCAGCUCCGGUGCUCCUCGACGGGGGCAAAAAGACAUUUGUAAUAGAUAAAAGCACAAACAAGAAAUGCUACAUGUUGAGUGCAAGGGAACUAUCAAUCGCUUGGUCAAGCAAUUACAUGUGCUGGUCGUGGAAACCCCUUCUCAACUCAAGGUUUUCGGAGGCGGCGGAGCUGAUCAUGGUAUGUUGGCUGGAAAUACACGGAAGAAUAAACACGACAAUGUUGUCUCCGAAGACAACCUAUGGAGUCUACAUUGUUAUUCAACUAAUGAACCGUGCGUUUGGACUGGAUAAAUUACCGGCCGAAGUAUCAUUACAGCUCGACAACUACAAAACGAAAAACACAAUUUAUUUAAAACGGGAGGAACACAAAGAAGACGUUCAAGGAGUAGAGCCUCGAGUCGUGAAAGAAAACGAUGUGGUUCGCGAACGUGGGGACACGUGGUUGGAGGUCGAGUUAGGAGAAUUCUACUAUGCCGAUGACCGGAAUAAGGAGGUGAGGGUGUGGUUGAGAGAAACUAAAGGGGUGCAUCUAAAAGGAGGACUUGUUGUUGAAGGCAUUGAGGUUAGGCCCAAACAUUAAUGAAUGGGACAAUGUGGGCUGUAUAACCAGAAUUUUGGGCUAAAAUUCAUGUGGUAUCCCUUUGAGAAAUUUACCAAUAGAAGACCUACUGAUUUUGAUUUUGGGUGCGAAAAUGUAAGGAGAUAAUAUUCGAUGAGUAGUA